CCAUAUUAGCAAACAUGACAAGCCGCUUGAAAGCUCCCGCCGUUGGUGGGUCGGGCGGCAUUUACGGGACGCCCAAGAGAGACAUGCUGGGAUACGGGAGCGGCACCCCCGAUCCCAAGUGGCCUGGUGGGGCAAAGCUUGCGGUUCAGAUCGUGAUCAACUACGAGGAAGGUGCCGAGAACUGCGUGCUUCAUGAGGGAGACACCCACUCGGAACACCUCCUUUCCGAGAUCGUCGGGGCGGCGCCGAAGGAGGGCGUGCGCUGCCCCAACAUGGAGUCGCUAUACGAGUACGGUAGCCGGGCGGGCUUCUGGCGGCUGCACCGGCUCUUCACGGCGAAAGACGUCCCGGUCACCGUGUACGCGUGCGCGAUGGCCCUCGAAAGGAAUCCCGCCGCCGGGAGAGCGAUGGUUGAGGCCGGCUGGGAGGUGGCCUCUCACGGCUACCGUUGGAUAGACUACCAGUACGUGGACGAGGCGACGGAGCGAGAGCACAUCAGGAAGGCCGUGGAUAUCACUGCCAAGGUGUGCGGGAAGAGGCCGGUGGGCAUCUAUCAAGGCAAGCCGAACCCGAACACCAGAAAACUGAUCGUCGAAGAGGGAGGGUUUCUGUACGACUCGGAUGCCUACAACGACGACCUCCCCUACUGGAACACGGAACACGGCAGGGCGCACCUCGUGAUCCCCUACACCCUCGACGUGAACGACAUGCGGUUCGCGACGCCCCAGGGGUUCAACUCGGGGGACCAGUUCUUUGCCUACCUUCGCGACUCGCUGGACUUUCUCUUGGAGAGGCCCGCGUUCAAGUGUCGCAAGUAUGUGCUUGUAUCAUCAUCGUCCACCAGGGCUCAAGUUCAGACGGCGGGGGUCCCGCAGCAUCAAUAUUAUCAUCUGAUGUGCCCCCCGACGUGA